AUGGUGUCGACUGAUCGUGCGCGCCGCUCGCCAAUGGAGCUGUUGCUCGUAGUCCUUGGAGUCGUGCUGCUGACCUGUGGGGCUCCCGUGCUGGGGAUUCUUCCCGGAGGAGGCGGAGACCCCCACAUGUUUGGCCUCCAGGGGGAGAAGUUUGACUGGCAUGGUUAUCCUGGCGAAUCUUUCUGCAUGAUCAGCGACUCCAACAUCCAGAUCAACACGCACCUGAUUGGUCAAAACGGCGUGACUUACUUUGAUGCAAUUGCGGUGCUGUACAAGAUUGGGGAUACUCAGCACGAAGUCAGCCUCCAGCUGAAUCAGGAUGUCUCCUCCGACGACGAUGCCAACUUCGCCAUCACUUUGGAUGGGCGACCCAUCGCGCCUGACGCUUUCACCGGGCACUCCGUCUGCGAUAAAUUCGGCCCCCUCCGGGUGUUCUCGUCUCCCGGCGCGGGGAUCGAGCUCUCCAUGGCGGAAGAGAACGGUUUCGCCGUCGUUCUCGUUGUCGAAGGCCUGGCCAACAUCACGAUCACCACCGAACGCCACGACAUGCCCGCCGGCAAGCAUCUCGACUGGUUCAUCGACUGGAUUCACGCGACUUCCGAAGUGCACGGCGUUUUGGGGCAGACCUUCCAGCCCUCCCGUGCGGACGCCAUCGCAGCAGCUAUGAAGGUGAACGGCCCCCAGAUGCAGGCCGCUGACGUCGUCGAAGGAUCCGACGACGAGUACCGCACGUCGACCCUGCUGGCGCCCGACUGGACCACCGCGUUCCCGAUCACCGUUAAGAACGCGGGUUGCGCCUCGGGGUCCUCCGCCGCCUGCAACCUCGGGUGA